GCAGCAGGUGGAGCCCACAGGAUCUGCUCCAUCUGUCGCAGUAUACGCCACUUUUUCACAUCCAGUAUCUCGACCCCAAAACCUGAUUUGGAAGUGCUGUUGUGGUGAUGUGCUUGUGAAACAGUUGUUGCGGCUGUAGAUGGAGGAGGGCUUGCCGCACUACACCUGUCCUCCUCUAGGGGCAGAGGGAGGCGCUCAGGCAGAUCACUCCGAGACAGCGCGCAUCUCAGACACACGCUCCAGACUUGUCUCAUUACAUUGCAUAAUAUCGACAAGCCAUCAUGCGUGAGUGUAUCUCCAUCCACGUCGGUCAGGCGGGCGUCCAAAUUGGCAAUGCCUGCUGGGAGCUGUACUGCUUGGAACAUGGGAUCCAGCCAGAUGGUCAGAUGCCCAGUGAUAAAGCCAUCGGAGGAGGAGAUGAUUCCUUCAACACCUUCUUCAGUGAGACUGGAGCUGGAAAACAUGUGCCCAGAGCUGUUUUUGUGGAUCUGGAGCCCACUGUCAUUGAUGAGGUGCGCACUGGGACCUACCGCCAGCUGUUCCACCCUGAGCAGCUGAUCACUGGUAAGGAGGAUGCUGCCAACAACUACGCCCGUGGACACUACACCAUCGGCAAAGAGAUCAUUGACCUGGUGUUGGACAGGAUCCGCAAACUGGCUGACCAGUGCACUGGUCUUCAGGGUUUCCUGGUUUUCCACAGCUUCGGAGGUGGCACCGGCUCUGGUUUCACCUCUCUGCUGAUGGAGCGUCUGUCUGUCGACUACGGCAAGAAGUCCAAGCUGGAGUUCUCCAUCUACCCAGCCCCCCAGGUGUCCACUGCUGUGGUGGAGCCCUACAACUCCAUCCUGACCACCCACACCACCCUAGAGCACUCUGACUGUGCCUUCAUGGUUGAUAAUGAGGCCAUCUAUGACAUCUGUCGUAGGAACCUCGACAUCGAGCGCCCCACUUACACCAACCUGAACAGGCUGAUCAGUCAGAUUGUGUCCUCCAUCACUGCUUCCCUUCGUUUUGAUGGUGCCCUUAAUGUUGAUCUGACAGAGUUCCAGACCAACUUGGUGCCAUAUCCCCGUAUCCACUUCCCUCUGGCCACCUAUGCCCCCGUCAUCUCAGCUGAGAAGGCCUAUCAUGAGCAGCUCUCAGUGGCUGAGAUCACCAACGCUUGCUUUGAGCCAGCCAAUCAGAUGGUCAAAUGCGACCCUCGCCACGGUAAAUACAUGGCCUGCUGCCUCUUGUAUCGUGGUGAUGUGGUUCCCAAAGAUGUCAAUGCAGCUAUUGCCACUAUUAAGACCAAGCGGUCCAUCCAGUUUGUGGACUGGUGCCCCACUGGUUUCAAGGUUGGUAUCAACUACCAGCCCCCCACUGUAGUUCCUGGUGGAGACCUGGCCAAGGUCCAGAGGGCUGUGUGCAUGCUGAGCAACACCACUGCUAUUGCAGAGGCCUGGGCUCGGCUUGACCACAAGUUUGACCUGAUGUACGCUAAGCGUGCCUUUGUCCACUGGUACGUAGGUGAGGGUAUGGAGGAGGGAGAGUUCUCUGAGGCCAGAGAGGACAUGGCAGCUCUGGAGAAGGAUUAUGAGGAGGUCGGAGUUGACUCCAUUGAGGGUGAAGGAGAGGAGGAAGGAGAGGAAUAUUAAACAUCAACAGAAAGAGGCUGUAGUUUAACAAGAACCAGUUCGUUUCAAUGUAUUCUUAAAACAUUAUCACACAGAGAUGAGUUUACUAUGAAGAUGCAAUUUGACUGUGUAUAUUUAUACAUAUGUAUAUUUAUACCCAAUCAGAUUACAUUUUGGCAACAUACUUAACUUCCAAUCAAAGGGAUUAGUGUUUUUAGUUAAACAGAAGGCAUGUGACUAAAAUCUUUCUGCUUUCAGAGUAAUCUUGAUUGUUGAUGUGUUAAAUGUUGAUCUAUGUUCCAAAUAAAAUGUCUGUAUUAUAUAAAGUUG